CCUGCACCUUUGCAUCUGAGGUUUCUCCAUCAACACUCAGGGAGUUAUGUGGAGGAUUUUCCUGAUGGUCAGUCUGCUCUGCUGGAGCGCUGACGGACAAGUGACCUGCAGAGACCACAACAACGGAGAAGUGGACUGGUACAUCAUGUACAAGGCACCCAAACUGAAUAACAUCGGAACUACGGGUUUGGAAUAUCUUUACACUGAUUCAACUGGGAAGACGGAGACCUCUAAAAGUCACAAUAAGCUCAUCGACGAUCCUAACGGUGUCCUGGCAAACACCCUGCGGCCCAUUUUUAAACCAACCACAUCAAUGCCAAAAGACUUUGGGUUCAUCACCUACAGCGACCAACCUCCAGGAAAAACAGUUCCGCAGAAGUUUGGCCACAGUAAAGGACUUGUGAUGAUGGAAAAAGUCAAGACAGGAGUCUGGCUCUUACACAGCACACCACAGUUCCCUUUCACAAGAGAUAAUAAUUUCUGGCCAUCCAGCGGAGCAGCAAAAGCUCAGACGUUUAUCUGUGUAACAUUCAAGUACAACGAAUUCAAAAAGAUUGGUGAACACCUGCUGGACAUCGCAGCUUUCCCGUUUGAUCAUCAAAUUCCAGCUGACUUCCAUAAAGAGCUUAUAGAUGUUACAGAGAAGAAAAAUCCACCGGGAGAGGGAAUGCAGGACCUGAGAUCAGCAGCAGGAGGAGUGUUUCGUAGCUUUGCUAAACACAACAUUGAAAACAGUAUAAAGGACACCGACCCAAAAAGAUUUGAAGGAGAUCUUUACCUCACUAUUGCAAAGGAAUACGACACUGGUGUGAAAGUCCAGACCUGGGGCUGCCAGCAUAAACGUGAAUAUUCCUACUGCGGACAACGUAAUGUGUUCAAUAUUCCAUCUGUAAAAGUUGAUCUGGGUAACGGGGAGGUUAAGUGGAAGGCUAGUAACGAUCAUUCCAAGUGGUGUGUAGCUGAAGGUAAUAAUGAUUUGAUCUGUAUCGCUGAUGUAAACAGAGCAAUCACCCAAUACAAAAGGCCGGGGGGUGGACUGUGCUUUAACAACAAAGAGGCAAGUAAUCUAUUUAAAGGUCUUAUUGAUGAUACUGACCCUUGCUCCCGUAAGCGUCCCCAUGACCCUGACUGUGACCCUGAUGAUGAUUUAUAG